UCAAUCCACUAUCUUCUUUACAAUCUAAGUACUGAAUUGCAACAAAAAAGCAUACCGCUCACAAAUUUUUAUAGAGAUGCAACGCGACGAGGAUUCACAUUCAACAAGUGGCGGCCAUUCAAAUGUCCUCGAGCAAGAAAUCGGUCUGGCAUCGCAAGCUUUUGACGAAUUUAGUAAAUCAAAUUACGAACAGAGUGUCAAUCUUCUCUCCAAGCUGCUCACUUUAAAAGGCAGUGAUAAAAAAAUUUUUCUCAAUAUGGCCGUUGCCGAGUACUACAAAUCUGGCCAGACCAAAGUUAAUCAACUUCAAACAUCUCUCCAAGAUAUAGUUAAAAAAAUCCAAAUGGAGAAUUCAAACAGUGCAGCUGACUUUGCUGAGCAUUGUGUCAUAUAUUACAACUUGGCAGUCACAUAUUACAAUACUAAACAAUAUUCACAAGCAGUUCAAUGUUUCAAACAAUUAGAAUCACUUGGUGAAAAUAUGGAUGAAACCUUGUUGAUGAAAAUAAUAUAUCUACUCGUUGAUGCUUACCUCUCAUCAUUCAAGCCCUACAAAGCUUUUGAGGUCAUUGAAUUUUUUGAAAGUUCGGAUAAGUUGAAUAAAGCAAACAAGCAGACACUAAUUAUGAAACAGUACAAAAUGAAAUGUCAUCUGAUGAUGAGGUCAUUAGAUGGAUUUUCGAAAGAAAUUAAACAUUUAGGUGAUGCUACAAAACUUCAGUCAAAGGAGGGCAUCUUUUUGAAAUCACAAUUUGAAAUGCUACUGAGGAGGUAUUCGCAGUCGGUCAAGACGCUAAGCUCUCACCAGGGCAACGACACUCGCAACAAAUACUACCUGAUGUGCUGUGCCAACAACAUUGCAGUUAAUUACUUCGAGAUGAAGAAAUAUAAUCUAGCACAUAAGUAUCUAGUGAAAGCCGUUGAGCAUAAGAAUGCCCUCACCGAACUCCAGAAAAAGAAUGGACCAUCUUCAGAGAACCUGUCAAACAAUCGGCAUUACGAGUUGUUGUACAAUAUGGGCGUCACGCUCCUACAGUGCAAUAAACCGCUGCUUGCUUUUGAUUGCUUGCUUGGUGUCAUUCAGAGCCUUGAACGAGAUAGCUACUCGGAGAAGACCUCAGUAAUAAAUUGCUUUGUUGGCUCAUCCACUCAUAAGAAGGCCAUCUUAGGUCAGGGGGUCAACUGUAAAAAUUUCAACAACUCUAAGGAUUCUAGCGCCAUGCCUAUGCCAACAAUGGGUUUUGCAUCACUGUGUCUGGAAAACGCUCUUCUCUGCCUCAACAGUACAAACAGCAAUGUGGACAAAUCGAAGAUGAAGAAGAAGAAGAAGGAAGAUGAUGUGAUGGAUGCUGAUGGAUCGGAUGUUGAUUACUUGCCUGAUGAUUUGGCUGCAGAGAGUAUUGGGUCAAAUGAAUUAUUCAUUGCUAUGGCUCCAUCUAGCCCAGUCAAGAUCAACGAGAUUAAUAAUUUGAGGUGCUCAAUACUGACGUUGAAGUGUUACAUCGCUCUACACCACAAAAAUUAUUUGAUUGCACUACGUGUCAGCAACUUGCUGCUACAGCAACCCAACUUAUCUGGCAUUCACAGAUACUUGGCUCUGAUGUACAAAGCCGAGGCACUGGUUGGACUGGACAGGUUACCAGAGAGUACAGAUCUGAUGUUAACUGAUAUUUCUGACAUCAACAUAUUCAGUAGCAGUGAUGCUGCUUAUAUACAAAGAAGAGAUGACGAAAAUAUAAAUAAAUGUGAGCAAAAUACUGAAAAACUGCAGAAUGUCAACUGGUUCCCACACACAAAAGAGGGAGCCCAGUGUAUCAUGCACUAUAAUGUGGCUGUCGUGUCUGUCAUCAAUGGAGACCUCGUUAAGGCGCGAACUUUCCUUCAAAAGAGUUUGCAGCACUUGAAGCAACCUUACCCUACACAAGUGUACUACCUGAUGAUAUAUCUCGAAGUUGCCGAAGCUAAAGGAAAGAGCAAGGAUCCGCCUAAUAUUCGUAGCAUUGUGGCUUGAAAUUCCCAGUGAUAUGGACACAUAUACCAUGUUGCUUAUCAGUUAAAUGUAGUUUUUUGUAAUUUCUAAAUUCAAUAUAUCUUUUUAUUUCAUUUAUAUUCAAUUCGGUUUGUAAUCUUUUUUUAGUUUUGUUGUUUUAUUUUCUUGAAUACAUUCAUU